AUGGCGGAUAACAUUUCGUUUCGUGGUCAUAGCCAAGAAAGGAAUCAUAUUUACGAUUUGUUUAAGAGAACUGUUUCUCAUGGUGAAUCGCAUUCUGCGCUGAUGCUUGGACCUCGGGGUAGUGGCAAAACUACACUCAUUAACUCGGUUCUUAAUCAGAUCAGCAAGGAGGUUGAUUUGUCGAAUGAUGCCAUCAUAGUCAGGUUGAAUGGACUCAUACAUUAUGAUGAGAAGAUAGCUUUGAAAUCUAUUACUGCUCAGAUGCAACUGGAAAACGCAGUUGGUGACCGUGUUUUCGGUACGUUCGCUGAGAACCUAGCGUUCCUGCUGAGCUGUCUGCAAAGCGGUGCGGACCGACGCUGCAAGAGUGUAACAAACCGUCUUGAUGUAAUGGAACUACUGGAGAAACGUGUCAAGUCCCGUUUCUCUCACAGACAUCUGUUCAUCUUUCCCAACGAGCACGAUUCACAGAGGGCGCCACAGUACAAGUAUAAAGACGUACUAGUACAACUAUUAAGUUUGCCAGUACAGAAAACUGUUAAAAAGAAAUCUAGAAGUCGUAGGAAUACUGUUUCAGAUGAUAUGGAAACGGAUGCUGCACUGGAUAACUCCCUACCACCACAUAUCCUGGCCCGGUAUCCAGAUUUUGAUCAACUGAAUCCAGAUUUUAUUUUAGAUUGGAAUCAACAUAUUACUGGCAUGGCUGAAGAUUACAAAUUGAUUGAUUGUUUAGAGAAAUUGUCCUAUUACAGUGUCAACGAACAGAUAUUUAGGAAUAUACUGUUUGAACUAGUAUCAAAAUUAUCGUGCGACAGCCCUUACAUAGACGUAUCAGAUCUAUCAGCGAUCAUAGACAAGACUGUUGCUCCGGAGCAUAGAGUAAAACUUCUCCAAUCGUUGUCUAUACUCGAGUUGUCUCUGGUCAUCGCUAUGAAACAUGGCAUGGAGAUCUUCGACGGACAACCUAUGAAUUUCGAGAUGGUUUUGCAUAGAUACACAAAGUUCGCCAAUUCAAACUCAUCAACGCAAACAGUACCUCGUCCAGUCAUACUAAAAGCCUUCGAACAUCUACAAGAACUAGAAAUCAUAAUGCCAGUCAAGACCACAGACUCAAUAUACAACGGAAGUGAGACCACAGCCAAUAGAGUGCAAAAAGAAUAUAAAUUAUACACUCUGGCCGUCCCAAAUGAAGAUAUAAGUGAUGCAGUUAAAAAUUUCAAAGCGUUGCCAACUGAAAUUAAUCAUUGGUUCAAUAAUUCUGUUGUUUGAAUUUUUUCAGUGUGGCAACACCCGUUUUUAACUAUUGUAUUGUAAGCCUAG